CCCCCCCCACACACAACACAAUGAGCGGGCCCCAACGCCAGCCCGGCACCGCCGCCGGCGCGGGAUCCCAGACCAUUACCGCCACGGGCACCACAUCCGGCAGCGCCGAAGAGACGAGCAACAGCACGAACACACCCCCUGCAGCGGCGCCGAUCCUCCGCCUGCGCGGCGCGCACGUGUCCGGCGGGCCGCGGGUGCAGUGGGCGGAGAGCGUGGUGGACAACGAGGGGCUGGGGCGGAAGUCGAGCAAGGUGUGCUGCAUAUACCACGCGCCGCGGGCGGUGGGGGAGAGCAGCAGUUCCGAGUCGUCGGAUUCGGACUCGGACUCGUCCUCGGGUUCGUCGGAUUCGGGUUCGGGAAGGGCGAGGAGGAGGAAAGUAGGCGGGGGUCACGAGCAUGGCGAGGAUGGAUGUUCGCACGAUCACUCUGGUGGAGGGGUAGGAGGAGGAGGAGCCAGAGGGGCUGGUACGGGGGGCAAGGUGAAGAGGAGGAGGAGGAGGAGGAGACCGAGUCCCAAUGCGUACGAGAAGCAGCCCAAGCCGAGGCCGCGGCCCGGGGAUGGAGGUGGUGACAGUGGGAGUUUGGGAUCAAAUCCGAAGGUGGCGGCGUAG